UGUGUGUGUGUGUGUGUGUGUGUGUGUAGGAAGUGAUGUGGUAACUUUUUGAACAGAUGUGUUAGCUAGCAGGCUAGCGAGGAAGAGGAAAGAAAACACGCCCGGACAGGAGGAUGAGCGCCGGGGAGCACACCGCGGUGUCAGUGCCGGAGAACUCGGGGGAAAAGCCGAGAGCGCUGACAGGCUGAGUGCGGAUCUGAUUAGCAUGUUAGCGCGGAGUUAGCGGGCUGCUAGCGCUGAGCUGAGGGAGCGGUUCGAGCCGCCAUGGUGUCCGCGAGCGCCGGCGGCGGCGUGUCGGAGUCGCUGCAGUGGCUGUGUCUGCUCACGCUGUUCGCCGCCUCCGUGGUGACGUUACUCAUCUAUUUAGUGCAGUAUUUCGGUGUUUUCCGGAGCGCGAGCCGGGCCGCGGGGGAGCAGCAGCGGGGGGAGGCGGAGCGGCUGCUGGGGUGGCUGCUGGAGCUGAGGGGCUGGAGGGGCGCGUGGAGGAGAGCCUGGGUCCGAGCUCUGAACCAGAACCAGAACCGCCGCACUGCACAGGGAGCGAUCCAGCUGGUGUUUGAGGAGGAUGGUGUUCAGUCGUCAGAGCUCAGCGUGCAUCACGUCUCCAGCUUCAGAACAUCACCUGGACGUAAGGAUGUGCAGUGUGAGGUGAUUGGAGACAAACUGCAGUUUUCUCUGAGCGCUUGUCUGAACUCGGGCUCUACACACACUCCUCUGAGAUACAGCGUACAGAUCUCACCGCUACAUCUGCAGCUGGCCCUGCAGAUGACAGAGGUGGAUGGAGAGGUUCAGAUUAUGUGGGGACUGAAACAGCUGGACCUGACACACCUGCAGCUCAGACCCAGUUACACACAGGGAGUGUCGGUGUGUGUGAGUGAAGCAGCAGUGAGGAGCAGGCUGAAGCAGGUCCUGUGUGAAACGCGAGCCUCUGUGACUCUGAGCAGCCGGACUGUGCAGCCUGCAGAGCUCAAGGAAGUGAGGAACAGGAUUUCGGAGGUCCCGUCCCCCCCUAAACCCCCUCGUGCUCAUCAGUGGAAACUCUUAGUGAAGAACAUCCGGGUCACGUACAGCCAGGAGAACGGAGCUGCAGGCAGUGUAAGUCCUCAGUGUGUUCUGCAGUUAGAUGAUCCUCCUCAGAGAUUGUCCACCUCAGUGCUGAAGGACACGAGCGACCCGGAGUGGGAUCAGCCCUUCAUCUUCGAACUCAGCGGCAGGUCGAAGGAGCUGAACAUCCAGCUGUUGGAUCAUGAGAAACAUCCAGAGAGUCAUGUGCUCGGCCAAGUGUGUGUGCCGUUUAAUCUGGUGCAGAAGACUCCAAGAGGACAGCACACUUUCACACUGAUGAACACACACCAAGUAAUCGGCUCACUGACUGCUGAGGUGUCGUACCUGGAGCCGAGUGAAGUGCGCACGUGGCUGCCCCCUACACCGGCGCCCGCCAAGCGAGUGGAGAUGGACAGAACCGUGAUGCCGUGCGGAACCGUCGUCACCACCGUCACUGCAGUGAAGAGCCGCCCGGGACGCCCGCUUCACACAGAAUCAAUGAGAACUCCGCCCAGGAGCAAGCUGACGGAGAGGCGCGUGUCUGAACAGCCCUCGGUGCUGGGGGCCAAAGUCAGCAAAGCCUUAUCGUCAUCAGACACAGAGCUGCUGAUGCUGACCGGCGCCGACCCGGUGGCCGAGGCCGCCAUCAGACAGCUGUACGAGUCGGCCAAGCAGAAACUCAAAUCCCCCGUCAAAAAGAGCACCAUCAUCAUCUCAGGAGUGGCCAAGGCGCCCCUGUCCCAGGACGACGAGAUGGCUCUGAUGGCCGGCUACGCCGCUGCGAUGGACGCCUCCAUGUCCGACUCGCCCGAGUGCUCGAGGCAGGAAGCGGAGACGCUGUCGGAGAUCGGCGCCUCGGACACGACCGAUCUGUUGGAGGGGGCGAGCGGAGCGGACUGGGAGAGUCAGACCGGAGAGGAAUCGGACAAGGCCUCGCUCUCACUCUGCACCGCUGAGACUCCAUCCAAAAAACACAAAGGCAGUUUCCUCCAUAAGGGCGCGCGGCUGUUUUUCAGGCGUCGCCAGCAGAGGAAGGAGCCGGGGAUGAGUCAGUCCCAUAACGACCUGCAGUACCUGGAGCAGGCCGAGGAGAGACGCGCCGCCACCUUCAGGCGCAUCAUCAACCGCAAGCUGCUGCACAAACACAAGAGCAAAGCCAACGGUGUCCAGACGUCUGACCCCCCUCACCCUCAUUAACACGCUCUCACACACACACACACACACACACACUGUGUCUCCAGAAAGACACUGAACAUUCCAGGGACAACACUGUAUGCUAAUACUAAUCCAGAUAGAUACGCUGAUCCUUACGCUAAUCCUCACGUCCUGCCGGUCAGAAGGACGUCCUCCACGCGUAACGCGCUCUGCUGCUACAGACGGAGCGACCGUCUAUGGUGGGCGUGGCCUGUCGAGUACUGAUUACAAAUGAUAGAAGCCAAACUCUACACCAAGUGCUGUAUGACGUAUACAGACCACAGUGUUAGUGCUCUUUAACAGUGAGUGCAUGCUACCAAGGUUUCUCCAGAACUAUUGGCACCCUUCAGAGGACAAAAUUAUAUUCAGACAUUCAGGUUCGGCUCUGUUAUCUGUCCUCCAUGUGAGGCUUCGCUAAACAAUAUUAUUUAUCUGUAAACACCAAAAGCAUCCAAACACACACUGUUGAAUGAAGAGAUCUCCACAUUAUUAAGGUGAUGAAGGUGAAAGCACGCUGUUAUCAUACGGAGGGCACCGUGGGUGGUCCCGCCCUCGCCGUCCGGUUGGCCGUGGAGUUUACUGCAGCCAAUCAGGCGGCUUGUUAGCUUUAACGAGUUGUAACUCAUUUACAUUAAACGGUUUAGAGUUUUAACUGUUAUAUUUUUUAAUCACAUUUAGGUUAAAAUUAAUGCGACAUUAAUAAUAAAAAUAAUAUUAUAUUAAUAACGAUGAUGAUGAGACCUGGUGUGUGGUGUAGUAAUAAACAUCUAAAGAUUCAUUAUUACGUAAUCAGUAAUAUUGCUAAUUAUAAUGAUCGUAACUGUAUAGAUUUAAACAUGCGCACAGAGAAAAGGCUUCCUGUUUCUAUAGAGGGAGUGUAUUCCUGUAAGAGGAACGACCUGUGUGUGUGUGUGCAGGAAGGGAGACAGGUGGUGUGUAAAUCAGACGUGCCACAGGGGGGUUCGAUGAGCUUUGGUUUUCUUUUUCUUUUACAUUUGUAUUUUUAUUCUUUUUUUUAAUAUAUGUGUAAAAUCUGUAACUCUUAGUUUAAAUACUGUGUGUGUGUGUGUGUGUGUGUGUGUGUGUGUGUGUGAGAGAGAGAGAGAGAGAGAGUUUUAUCCACAGUGUGUAAACACUACACGAGGGCAUUAACGAGAGCUUUAAUCACACUCAGUGACGUCGCCGCAUCAUUUCAGUGGUUUUUUUAGGUUUUGUUUGUUUGUUUGUUUUGUGAUCACAUGACCUGUCUUGUGUUAUUGUCUGAGACUGCUCACACAUUCAGUGUGUGUGUGUGAUGUUACACACUGUUGGUGUUGAUUGUUUGUAGUCUUAUGACCAGCUGAAUGUGUGUGUGUGUGUGUGUGUGUGUGUGGUGUGGGUAAUCAGCAGCAUCCUGAUUGGCGUUUCCUAUUUUAUCGUAAUCACUUUCUAUGUUUUUGCAACUGGGAGCUUUAACUCAAGUGUGUGAUGUCUCAGGCUGUGGUUUGGACUGAUUGUGUGUGUGUGUGUGUGUGUGUGUGCUUGCGUGUCUGUGAGAGGGAGAGAUGUUUACGCUGCAGUUUAUCACAGUGUACCUGUAAAUCACUAACACUAUUUGGACAUAAACACACUGAUAAAACAUCAGACGUAAUAAAUCAGUGUGGGGUUUUUUCUCUCUCUCUAUCUCUUACGCGUCCUGCUCAGACGUUUUAAAAAAAAAAAAAAAAAAGAAAGGAAGGAAGGAGAGAAAAAAUGUAAGUCGCUCUGGAUAAGGUCAUCUGCUAAGUGUAAAUGUAGCCAUCUGCUUAUUGCACCGUGUUUCCUAUGUGGGAUUAGAACACAGAGAUUAGGGAUUAUAUCUGAUCCCCAGGUUCACUCGGGACAGGAAGGUCACAUGGUCAAUCGGUCACUUUAUCUCUUCUGUAUCGUCAGAGCGCUGUGGUAACUGUGCACCAUUCCUGGUGUUGUGUGUGUGUGUGCGCGCUUAACCCUUCACUGUGAGCUCUAUGUGCAGAAACCAGAAUAAGCAGUUAAAACAAGUGAUGCGAUGGAGCCGAGUGUAGCCGUCAAAUUAACGAGCUUUAUGAGUUUACUGCAGGUGUGUGUGUGGAUAGAACAGACUACUGGUGCGUUAAGAUUGUGUGCAAUGGACUGGAACCUGUGUGUGUGUAUGUGCGCGCGCUGUGCAGGGAUUGUAUAUGAUUAACAUAUCAGGUUUAUCAUUUGAAGCAAUAAACGCUGAUUAACGCCAA